AUGCCCGCCGAACUCAACGGGCGCCCCGCCAACGGCACAAACGGCGUCAACGGCCAUACGGACGCGCUGUCGAACCCCACAUCCGCUGAUGCAGCAUUCGCCUCAAUACCGGACUGCGUCGCGGCCUUUGCCAACGGCGACUUCGUCAUCGUCCUCGAUUCGCCCGACCGCGAAAACGAGGGCGACCUCAUCAUCGCCGCCGAGUGCCUCAGCCCCGAAAAGGCAGCCUUCAUGAUCCGCUACUCCUCAGGCUACAUCUGCGCGCCGCUGACCGUCAGCCGCGCCGCCGCCCUGCACCUGCCGCAGAUGGUCGCCGAUAACGCCGACCCGAACCGCACCGCGUACGCCAUUUCGAUCGACGCCAAUGCCGACGCGAUUUCCACGGGUAUCAGCGCACACGAUCGCUCUCUCACGUGCAGAAUGCUUGCGGAUCCGAACGCGAAGGCGAGCCAGUUCAGAAGGCCGGGACACAUUCUACCGCUGCAGGCGCGAGAUGGCGGCGUGCGGGUGCGCAGGGGCCAUACCGAGGCCGCGGUUGAUCUGUGCAGGUUGGCAGGGAAGCAGCCUGUGGGUGUCAUCUGCGAGAUGAUCAACGAUGGGGAGAGUGUAGAGGGGCGGCCGGAGCUGGUUGGGGGUGGUAUGAUGAGGACGGAGGAUUGUCUGCGAUUUGGGCACAAGUGGGGGAUUAAGGUGUGCACGAUUGAGGAUCUGGUUGCUUGGAUUGAGGAGAAUGAAGGGAAGCUGCCCGUGCAGGCUGUUAAUUACUAG